AUGAGCUCUUUCCGUUCCUAUGUUUGGGAUCCCGUUCUGUUGAUUAGUCAAAUGGUUUGUAUGCAGACCGUUUUCUACACCACAGAAACUGCUGCAAUGGUUGCCUUCAGUGUAACAGGUUACACGCCGAUACUGGCUCACAUUUACUCCAUACAGGCUCUCCGGGUAAUGGUGGUCGUGCAACUGUUAGCGACUUUUUCAUGUGGGGUCGCGAUGAGAUUUGUCGUCCAACGUGCCAAACAGUGUUUGGAUUUUUCGUGUACCCUACAUAUAUUUCAUCUGCUCAUUGUUAUCGUCUACAAUCAUGCGUUUCCUACACAAUUACUGUGGUGGGGUGUGCAAGUGGCUAGUGUUGUAAUAUGUACACUACUUGGCGAAUAUCUUUGUAUGACCGCUGAGUCACAAGAAAUACGUCUAGGCCCACCUUCGAAAUACGAUCUCUGA